AUGUCAGAGACAAAUCGCAGCCUCUCAACUGUCGGUCGCAUCUGGCAGAGCUCCCGCCAGCCGCCACCACUCCUCCGGUCGCAGGCCAGCGCUCAGAGGAGCCCGAGAGCCGAAGCGACCGGACCCCGCGCGCUGGGCGCGCCUGCGGAGGCCACGGGCUACUCCGCCGUGAGCAACAUGAAUGCCGGCCUGGGGAUGAACGGCAUGAACACUUACAUGAGCAUGUCGGCGGCCGCUAUGGGCAGCGGCUCUGGCAACAUGGGUGCCAGCUCCAUGAACAUGACAUCUUACGUGGGCGCUGGCAUGAGCCCGUCCCUAGCGGGCAUGUCUCCCGGCGCGGGCGCCAUGGCUGGCAUGGGUGGUUCGGCCGGGGCGGCCGGCGUGGCAGGCAUGGGACCGCACCUGAGUCCGAGCUUGAGCCCCCUCGGGGGCCAAGGGGCAGGGGCCAUGGGUGGCCUGGCUCCUUAUGCCAACAUGAACUCUAUGAGCCCCAUGUACGGGCAGGCGGGUCUGAGCCGCGCGCGGGACCCCAAGACAUACCGGCGCAGCUACACGCACGCCAAGCCGCCUUACUCGUACAUCUCACUCAUCACCAUGGCCAUCCAGCAAAGUCCCAACAAGAUGCUGACGCUGAGCGAGAUCUACCAGUGGAUCAUGGAUCUCUUCCCUUUCUACCGGCAGAACCAGCAGCGCUGGCAGAACUCCAUCCGCCACUCGCUCUCUUUUAACGACUGCUUCCUCAAAGUGCCGCGCUCGCCGGACAAACCCGGCAAGGGCUCCUUCUGGACCCUGCACCCCGACUCGGGGAACAUGUUCGAGAACGGUUGCUACCUGCGCCGACAGAAGCGUUUCAAGUGCGAGAAACAGCUUGCUCUGAAGGAGGCAGCAGGCGUCCCCGGCGGGAGCAAGAAGACAGCCGCCGGGGCCCAGGUCUCACAGGUUCAACUGGGGGAGGCAGCCGGGCCCGGCUCCGAGACUCAGGCGGGCACUGAGUCACCCCACUCCAACGCCUCCCCAUGCCAGGAGCACAAGCGAGGAUCCUUGGGAGAGCUAAAGGGGACGCCCGCCACAGGGUUGAGCCCCCCAGAGCCAGCGCCCUCGCCAGGGCAGCAGCAGCAGACCGCGGCCCACCUGCUAGGCCCGCCCCAUCAUCCGGGCCUGCCCCCGGAGGCCCACCUUAAGCCAGAACACCACUACGCCUUCAACCACCCCUUCUCCAUCAAUAACCUCAUGUCAUCGGAGCAGCAACACCACCACAGCCACCACCACCACCAGCCACAUAAAAUGGACCUCAAGACCUAUGAACAGGUGAUGCACUACUCUGGCUACGGUUCUCCCAUGCCCGGCAGCCUGGCCAUGGGCCCGGUCACGAACAAAGCGGGCCUCGAUGCCUCACCUCUGGCUGCAGACUCCUCCUACUACCAGGGUGUGUACUCCCGGCCUAUUAUGAACUCCUCCUAAGAAGGAGCGCUCUAGGCCAGGCCUGGCUGCCUGUGACAGUUUAGGGGCAAAGACAAGAAGAAAGACGACGUGGGAUUGAGACUUUGGAGAUGAGGUGGGGGCAAAAAUUCAUGACAUUCUCCACCUCCGGGAUAGCAGCCUCCCCUCGUUUUCUGUAGCCAUUGCCUCCCAAACAGAUGAACCACAUGGAUACAUACCUAUCAUAUGGGGAAAAGAUAAAAAGUAAAACAAAGCAAAACAAAAACCUCCUCCAAUUUCCACUAAUGUGUAGACUCCUGUGUUUUUAAGCACCUGCAGGUUCUUUUUGUUGUUGUUGUUAUUGUUGUUGUUCAUUGCUGUUAUUGCAGGGAAUUCUUACUUUAAAAACAAAACAAAAAAUGUGUGCGUGACUUGGUGUUAAACCAUGUAGUUUUAACAGAGACCCCAGAGUUGUACUAUUGUUUAAAAAGAGGGGGGAGGGAUGUAAAAAUCUGUGGUAAAUGACCCAGAAAAAGACAAAAGGAAAUUAAUUUCCAUUCUUGAAACGGUGAAAUCCAGGUCUGUCGUCUGGUUAAAUUAUGGUUUCUGUGUGCUUUAUUUAUGGCUAAUAAAUGUGUAUUCUGGUUGUAGGACCAGAGAGUCACAAAUCUA